AUGAAACAAGGGGACACUUUCAAUUCCAUAAGUUCCUUAGUUUCAUCAUCAGGGAAGUUCUCUUUGAAUUUUACUGUAAGAACUAUCGACGGCUCAGAUUCCAGCUUUCUUUCUAUCAUGCGCAUUAAACGUGAUGCAAACAAAGCAUGGAUUGCGAACCCAGACUCAAGUAUUUCACCCUCCUCUUCCCCACUUCUUACCUUGGACACCAAUAACACGUUGAAAAUUACUCACCAAGGUGGCGAUCCUUUUGUCAUUUCCACUGCUCCACAAACUAAUGACAGUAGUACUAGUGUUGUGGCUACACUUUUGGAUUCGGGUAACUUCGUCCUGCAAGAAGUGAGCUCUGUCAAUGGAUCAAUGAUCCGGGUUUUUUGGCAAAGUUUUGAUCAUCCACUAGACACAUUCUUACCAGGCAUGAAAUUGGGUGUUGACCAUAGAAAUGGCCACAUUUGGUCCGUUUUAUCGCGUGGAUCUGGGGAUAACUCGCUGUCCCCAGGGCCUUUCAGCCUUGAUUGGGACCCCAAUGGACGCCAAUUGAAAAUGAAAAAAGACGGCGUGGUUUAUUGCACCAGCGGGGUCUUUUAUGAUGGGAGAUUUGAAUUUAUUUUGCCUGAUGUGUCGAAGAAGAGGUACAAUUUUAACAUUGUUUCAAAUCAAAAUGAAGACUAUCUAACUUAUACGAGCAAAAAUGAUCCAAGUGAUCCUGAGCCAGAAUGGGUUCUAUCCUCCGAUGGGGAUCUUUCUGACUAUGGGGCAUACGGUGAUGAUGAUAUUAUAGACGUAGUGCACUGUGAUGGAUAUAACAUUGUUGGAGGGUGUGUGAAAAGGGGCCGCCCAAGUGAUUGUGUUGGGAAAUUUGGUGAUGACUUUGAGAUCAAAAAAGGUUACUUCAAGAUCAUCAACUCUAGUAGUACAAAUGCUUCAAGAACCGCCAGCUGGAUUGGCACCGAUACUAUUGACUGUAAGGCCAAUUGUUGGCAAGAUUGUAACUGCCUUGGAUUCGACUUAUCAUUUCUAAAUCAGACUAAGGAUGCACGAUGCGAAUUUUGGAGUGUGGACUGUGAGUUCAUUGAAGACCUCACUGCCAAUACUAGUUUUGUUUUCCAGCCAAAAUCACCACAUUCACCCCCUCACAAAAAGAUCGAUGCAACACGUAAGUGGUUCUGGAUUUGCACUUCUGUUACUGCUGCUCUACUGGAAAGACCUACUCACCAUGUUAAUGGGCUUCAAAAUGAUGACGGAAACAUAAGUAUCCAUGAUUUGAUCAUAUUUAGCUAUGCAUCUGUCUUGGCUGCCACGAGAAACUUCUCAGAAGAAAACAAGCUCGGACAAGGGGGCUUUGGACCUGUUUAUAAGGGAAAAUUGAUGAUGGGACGAGAAAUAGCUGUGAAGAGGCUUUCAAAAUGUUCUAGACAAGGAACGUUGGAGUUUAAGAAUGAAUUGAUACUCAUUUAUGAACUGCAACAUACAAACCUUGUUCAGCUUUUUGGAUUUUGCAUCCAUGGUGAAGAGAGGAUGCUGAUAUAUGAGUACAUGCCAAACAAAAGCUUGGACUACUUUUUAUUUGAUUCAAGGCGGGGUGGUCUGAUAGAUUGGAAGAAGCGUUUUAGUAUAAUUGAAGGGAUCACGCAAGGAUUGCUGUACUUACACAAAUACUCGAGAACAAGAAUAAUUCAUAGAGAUUUAAAAGCUAGUAAUAUUCUGCUUGACAAAAGCAUGAAUCCCAAAAUUUCUGAUUUUGGUAUGGCAAGGAUUUUCGUGCAUAACGAGGAAGAAGCAAAUACUAAUAGGGUUAUGGGGACAUAUGGUUAUAUGUCUCCCGAGUAUGCUAUGAAAGGUAUUUUUUCAAUAAAGUCCGACGUCUAUAGUUUUGGAGUGCUAAUGCUUGAAAUCACAUGGGAAUUAUGGAAAGAAGGUGCAGGGUUGCAGUUGAUGGAUCCAACACUAGGUGAUUCAUGUAAUGGUGAUCAACUGUUGCGAUGCAUUCAUGUUGGUCUACUCUGCGUGGAGGAACAUGCAGCCAAUCGACCCACUAUGCAAGAUGUCGUUUCUAUGUUGACAAAUGAAAAUAUGUCACUGCCUGUACCUACAAAACCAGCAUUUUGCACAGAAAGAAUUGUGGUCACGACUGGCAUAGCUGGAAAGGGACCAGAAAACAAAGCAUGGAUUGCGAACCCAGACUCACCUAUUUCAUCCUCCUCUUCCCCACUUCUUACCUUGGACACCAAUAACACGUUGAAAAUUACUCACCAAGGUGGCGAUCCUUUUGUCAUUUCCACUGCUCCACAAACUAAUGACAGUAGUACUAGUGUUGUGGCUACCCUUUUGGAUUCGGGCAACUUCGUCCUGCAAGAAGUGAGCUCUGUCAAUAGAUCAACGAUCCGGGUGUUUUGGCAAAGUUUUGAUCAUCCACUAGACACAUUUUUACCAGGCAUGAAAUUGGGUGUUGACCAUAUAAAUGGCCACAUUUGGUCUCUUUUAUCGCGUGGAUCUGACAACAACUCGCUGUCCCCAGGGCCUUUCAGCCUUGAUUGGGACCCAAAUGGACACCAAUUGAAAAUCAAGAAAGAUGGGGUGGUUUAUUGGACUAGCGGGGUCUUUUCUGAUGGGAGAUUUGAAUUUAUUUUGCCUGAUGUGUCCAACAAGAGGUACAAUUUUAGCAUUGUUUCAAAUCAAAAUGAAGACUACCUUACUUACACUAGUAAAAAUGAUCCAAGUGAUGCUGAGCCAGAAUGGGUUCUAAACCCCGUAGGGGAUCUUACAGACUAUGGGGCAUACGCUGAUUAUGAUAUUAAAGAAGUACUGUACUGUGAUGGCUAUAACAUUGUUGGAGGGUGUGUGAAACGGGACCGCCCAAGUGAUUGUGUUGAGAAAUUUGGUGAUGACUUUGAGAUCAAAAAAGGUUACUUCAAGAUCAUCAACUCUAGUAGUAUAAAUGCUUCAAGACCUGCCAGCUGGUUUGGUACCGAUACUAUUAUUGACUGUAAGGCCGCUUGUUGGGGAGAUUGCGACUGCCUUGGAUUCGACAUAUCAUUUCUAAAUCAGACUGUGGAUGCACGAUGCGAAUUUUGGAGUGUGGACUGUGUGUUCAUUGAAGACCUCACUGCCAAUAUAAGUUUUGUUUUGCAGCCAAAAUCAUCACCGCAUUCACCACCUCAGAAAAAGAUCGCUGCAACACCCACACGUAAGUGGUUCUGGAUUGGAACUUCUAUUGCUGCAGCUCUGGUGGUAAUGUGGUUUUGCAUCUUGUGCUAUCGACUAAGAAGGACAAAACUUAUACUGUCAGCAGCCAAAAUUAAAGGGGCAAAGAUUCAGAACGAAUUACUUGACUUCAUGAAAUCUAAGAGACCUACUCAUCAUGUGAAUGGGCUUCAAAAUGAUGAUGGAAACAUAAGGCCUCAUGAUUUAAUCGUAUUUAGCUAUGCAUCUGUCUUGGCUGCCACGAAAAACUUCUCAGAAGAAAACAAACUGGGACAAGGGGGCUUUGGACCUGUUUAUAAGGGAAACUUGGUUACGGGACAAGAAAUAGCUGUGAAGAGGCUCUCAAAAUGUUCUGCACAGGGAACAUUGGAGUUUAAGAAUGAAUUGAUACUCAUAUAUGAACUUCGACACACAAACCUUGUUCAGCUGUUUGGAUUUUGCAUCCAUGGUGAAGAGAGGAUGUUGAUAUAUGAGUACAUGCCAAACAAAAGCUUGGACUACCUUUUAUUUGAUUCAACCAGAUCCAUGCUACUUGAUUGGAAGAAGCGUUUCAGCAUAAUAGAAGGAAUCGCUCAAGGAUUGCUUUACUUGCACAAAUACUCAAGAAUAAGAGUAAUUCACAGAGAUUUAAAAGCUAGUAACAUAUUACUUGAUGAAAAGAUGAACCCAAAAAUUUCUGAUUUUGGCAUGGCACGAAUAUUUACAGAUAAUGAACUUGAAGCAAAUACUAAUAGGGUUGUUGGAACAUACGGUUACAUGUCUCAAGAGUAUGCCAUGGAGGGGAUUUAUUCCAUAAAAUCCGACGUCUAUAGUUUUGGGGUGUUAAUGCUUGAAAUAAUAAGUGGCAGGAGAAAUAGUAGCUUCUACAAUGCUGAUCGCGUGCUCAAUAUAGUAGGAUAUGCAUGGGAGUUAUGGAAAGGAGGUGCGGGGCUAGAGCUAAUGGAUCCAACACUAAAGGAUUCAGGUACUGAAGAACAAUUGCUAAGAUGCACCCAUGUUGCUCUGUUAUGCGUGGAAGACAAUGCAGCUGAUCGCCCCACCAUGUCAGAUGUCAUAUCUAUGUUGACCACUGAAAACAUUUCAUUGCCUUUACCUACAAGGCCAGCAUUCUUCACAAGAAGAAACAAUGUUGAGACUGAUAUAAUUACAUGGAAGUUACAACUUAUAUCAAUAAAUGGCUUGUCUAAUUCCAUGAUUGCAGGGCGAUAG